AUGUUCGCCGCACGACAAAGGGCAGGCCAGAUCGCCCGGCAGCUGCCGCGGACGGCUCGCACGUACGCAUCCGACGCUCAUGGUCACCACAAGGCCGCCGAGGUCAACGAGUCCUUCGGGAAAGGGUCCAUUGCUACUGUCGCUGCCUUCUUCGGUGGUGUCCUGCUAUAUCAGUUUGCCCCGAAGGAAGGCGAGGACUCGUCCGUCUCCAACCUGAUCAGCAAGUAUCUCUCGCGAAAGGAGGACUGGGAGGAGACCAAUGCUCUGCAUACCAAGGCUAUGGAACAGGCCGGAUUCGACCGAAACCUCUUUGAAAACGCCUCCAAUAAGCACAGAUAUGUCGACGUUGCGUACCCUGAGGCUUUCCAAUCUCAUGCUCCCCGAAAUAUCCAAGCCGGUCAUCUUGUGAACCUUGACCAUGUGGUGGAGCACUAUAAGCAAAAACAUCUUGAGGACGAGGACCGGAAAGCGAAGAAGCUGGCGGAGCAGAAGGCGUAG